AUGACUACUAACACGGUUCCAUUUACACCUUCGCCCAGCUCAUCAUCAAUAUUUUCAACUUCUACAACAAAUUUCAAUAACAAUAAUAGUAGAGAUUCAUCAAUGGCCCCUGCAGAUUCAACAGAAGCCAGUCUGACUGAACAGACAAAGAAAGGAAAGACUAGAGCCAAAGGUAGUUCUGCUGUGGAAAAAUUGUUGGAGGAAGCUAAUAGGUAUCAUCCGCAAUAUGAGUACUCUUUACCUCAAGGUUUCUUAAGAACAAGGAAAUCAAAGGCAGCUUCACCUUCUGAAGAACAGGCUUCUGAUUUAGCGAAAGACGAUAAUUUGGUCAAGAGGAAAAUGGAAGAAGAGGAAGAUUACGAUACUUCUACAACUGCAGCCAAGAAAGUUAGAAAGAACAAAGUCACGUCAACAUCUAGUACCAAAAAACGAAAGAGGAAAAUAAAGAAGGCCGAAACUAAUGGUACUACUGGUAGUAAGCCAACGAAAAAGAGAAAGGAUACUAUAAAGAGACCAUUGUCCCCCUCAGCAGCACUUGCUGACUCAGUACGUAGAAUGUCAAUUAGUGCAAUGCUUGAUGAUUCUGACACCAAGGACGGCACAGGUAUUUACAAUGAGCAAGGAGUAAAAUUGGAUCCAGUCGCCAAUAAGGAUGACAGGGCUAUGACAUCCACUUUUCUUGACUGGGAUCAACCUUAUCUGGAACUUCAAUACCCUCUUUUCAAUGUGGACUCCCUCAAAUUAACUAAUGUUUAUAAGGGAAACCCUAUUAAAUCAACUAUUUUAACUUCUUUGACUCACCAUCAAUCGAGACACAAACCUCCCUCUUUAAGCAACGACUCCUCUAUAAAAUUCGUUCAUUUACAAAGUCCCUUAUUUGUGAAUUACCAAGAAGAAUAUAUGAUAAAUUUUGAAAAAGAUUUACAAAGGUACAAUCCUAUGAGUGAGAUUGGUAAACUGAUCGAAUAUACUGCGUUAGUGUACCUACCUUCAACUUACUCUGAAAAACUAAAGAGGGAAGUGAUACCGAGCUUGAACCAAGCGUUUGAUAAUUCGGAUACUGAUCGUUUCAUUUCAUCGGUGGAACGAUACAAUUCUAUAAUAAGGAUGGUGCCAAGGCAUGAAAUACUUGAACACUUGAAAACAAUAACUCAAAUCCCUAAGUCCUUCAUUCACGAUUUUUUACACAUCAUUUACACAAGAUCCAUUCACCCACAUGCAUCGAAAUUGAAGCACUACAAGGCAUUUAGCAAUUUUGUAUAUGGUGAAUUAUUGCCUAACUUCUUAUCAGAAGUAUUUAGCCAAUGCAACUUAAAACCCAACUGUACUUUCAUGGAUUUAGGAUCUGGUGUUGGCAAUUGUGUUAUUCAGGCAUCAUUAGAAUAUGGUUUAAAGAAAAGUUUCGGAUGCGAAAUAAUGCCCGACGCGUCUGAAUUAACUGAAUUACAAAUGGUAGAGUUAAAGGAAAGGGGGAAGUUAUUUGGGUUCAAUCUAUCCGAUAUAGAAUUUUCACUUAGGGAAAGUUUUGUUGAUAACCCUAAAGUAGAUGAACUAAUAAAAGAUUGUGACUUAUUGUUAGUUAAUAACUUCCUGUUUGAUAGUAAAUUGAAUGAGAAAGUGGAAAAAAUUACUCAAAAUUUGAAAACGGGAUGUAAAAUUGUUAGUUUGAAAAAUCUAAGAAGUUUUUCAUACAAAAUUGAUUUCUUUAAUAUGGAAAAUAUUCUAAGUAGAUUGAAAGUCGAAAAGGUUCUUCUCAAGGAAGAUAGUGUCUCCUGGACUCAUAGUGGUGGAGAGUAUUAUAUUGCAACUGUAAUGGAAAAUAUUGAUGAGUCUCUCUUCGAUCCAGUUGUCAGAGGCAGAAAUACCAGAAGACCAACAAAAUAUUCAAGGUGA